AAAUUGUAUGUAGUUUGUGUGCUCACUGAAGCUGAUUGACUGAAUUUAAUUUUUCUCUGUUGAAUAAAAAUUUUCAUAAAUUGUGUUUCCGAAAGAAUAACUCUUAACUCAUUUAAUUUCCACCGAAUCAAACAAGAUCUUCACAAACAGAAUGAUUAAACAUCCUAGGACUGGAUUGCUGUUGUAGUAUGCUCUAGAAAAGCAGAAGGACUGCCCCCCAAACAGUCAAGUGCAUGUUUUGUGUCGAGAGUGUGUUGCACCCCUGUCCACCUCGCAGCAAUCAAUCAUCCAAGUAUUCUAAACAAAGAUGAACUCGGACAGCAGUGAAAAAGGCAGUUCCAUCAUUCGAGGACGACCCUAUUCGAAGAUGAGUUCAGUUGUCGAUGCGGAUUUUGAGAAAUUCGAGAAGCCCCAGGAGCGCUAUGUGUGGGAGAUGAGGACGCGCAGUCCGAACACCACUCCCGCCAGCACUGUCCUCAACUCGCCGGACUUGGCUGAAGUGCAGUACUCGCAGCACCAUGGUCGUCAGCAUCAGAUUCGGGUCGGGCGGAGUCCCGUCAGUCAAGUGGAUAACAUGGUACCGCAGGGUCUGACCAGUCCCGGGUCGCCCACAGACGUUGGCAAAGCCGGCGGACAUUGCGUCCGCGAUGGGGAGAUUGUUGUCUUCGACGACAUCGACACCAACUGGAUAAAGUCGCAAGCCAAAGAUGGCAAUGUCGACGAUAUUCUGAAGGUCACCAAAAUGAUUGGCCAGCUUCCGAUCGCAGAGUAUGAAGGUUCCCCGCGCCGCAUUGGCACUCAACAACAGGGCUUCAGCCUGCAAGGAGGCUGUUUUAAGAUGGCCUGUGCCACAGUCGGAGGCAUGCCCACACGUCCUCCUGGGUUCCCGCAGCGUGUGUCGCAGCAUUCUUCGCCGGCUACGCAGCAAGAAAACAACCACAAGUCGGAGAAUCUAAUUGACAUCGACGGCGGCAAUGGUGUAGCUGAAGUUGACACCGACAAUCGAAAUGAAUCAUCGACCGCCGCUGAUGAAUCGCGGUCCAAGACACCAACAUUUGAUUAUUUGUACGAGUUCUCAGAGACACGAAAGGUCCUCGAGGAGUUUUUCAAAGGAGCCAAUACCGAUGAGAAACAGUUUGCCGAUUUCGCUGAGAGUGACGAUCUUGGAAGUUCUGAUACACAUCAAGACUAUGAGCGGGAGGAAGACAAGAAAGCCGAACAAGCUUACAUUGGUCAAAGGUUAGCUAGAAUCCCAAAGGAAGAGCUCUACAUGGUUCAUCGUUCGCCCAGAAAACAACAAUAUGACAAUUACAACGAGCAAAAUGACAUUGAACUUUACAUCGAUUCGAAUAGUCGUAGCUCUGGUGAACUUGCCGAUACAGAAUUAGAAGCUAACUUACGUCGCCAUUCACGCAACUUCACCCUAUCACCAGAAACAACCGACUACGAUUCCAAUUGUGGUGAUUUGGAUAGCCUUUCCAAUGAUAUUAAUUUGCAAACUGAUUUUGGAAAACUCUACACAAGUAUGCCAGUUCUAGAAGAUGGGCUUUCGAGCGGUCAUGCUUCCGAUACGGAGAAUAAUAUUUCCGUAGUGAUUGAUAAGAAAUUCUUAGAGUGUAAUAAUCUAAGUGUGGCAGCUUUGGAUGAUGUCGAAAAUAAUAGUGUCAUAAAUAAUAGUCAAGAUGAAUCCGAUAUAGAAGUGAAGCAGGUAAUGAACGAUGUGGCUACAAGUGAUAGUGGUUGCUGUAAUACAGCCCUCAAUAAUGGUGAUGUUAAAGAUGCUCAUAUCUAUGACGCUGUCUAUGCAACAAAUGUGCCACAAAAUACUCCACCACCACCACCAGCACCAGUUGCACACCGCCCGACAAUAACCGAUGCCGAGUCUCAAGAUAUUCAAGAAGCUAUGAAAGAUAUUCGAUCUGCCUUGCAGCGUGCGAAAACUCUUCCCGAAAAAGCUAAAUUCUGCGAUGAAGUACUUCCCGCCGGACGUGAAUCACCAAUAUGGGUUCCACGAACUAACUCGCAUGAGAAUUCCUCCGUUGAUGUUAUGCACAAAGGCCAGUGUCACACCGAAGAGGAGGAACAUGAUACUGAUUUGGAAACUGAUCGGUUAUUGGGACAACAACGUCUUGAUGAUCAAGGAUUUUAUGAUGAUAAACAACUUUGGUCAAAGAAUUCUCCAACUCAUUCUCCGACUACUUCAGAUAUAACAAUGCUCAAUAACUCAACUAGCGUUAAACCGCAAACAUUUUCAUCAGCCACCAUCCGACAAGGUAUCGGAACAGCACUCACCCCAACCUCACCAGAACAUUGUCAAAUAAUUGGCACAGGUGAAGUUACCAUAACAUCACCUGAGAAACUACAAUACUCAAAGAGUCCAACAGGUUCAAUUAAAUCAUUGAAAGACUCUACAAAUAGUGAUAAGAAAGCAAAAACUAGAAAUAAAGAAGCAUUACUUGAUCCGGCAGUACUUAUCGAGGGGGUUUUAUUUCGAGCAAGGUACUUGGGUUCGACGCAAUUAGUGUGCGAAGGACAACCAACAAAAUCUACUCGAAUGAUGCAAGCUGAAGAAGCUGUUUCCAGGAUCAAGGCACCAGAAGGUGAAAGUCAACCAUCCACCGAAGUUGAUUUAUUUAUAUCAACCGAGAAAAUAAUGGUCCUUAACACUGAUCUCAAAGAGAUCAUGAUGGACCAUGCCCUUCGUACAAUCUCCUACAUUGCUGAUAUUGGUGAUCUGGUAGUUCUUAUGGCACGACGUAGAUUCGUGCCCGCUGAUACCGAUGAAGGACCCAAACCAAACCGGACACCCAAAAUGAUAUGUCACGUUUUUGAGAGUGACGAAGCACAAUUUAUAGCACAAUCAAUUGGUCAGGCAUUCCAAGUGGCAUACAUGGAAUUUCUGAAAGCAAAUGGAAUUGAGGAUCAUAGUUUUGUUAAGGAAAUGGAUUACCAGGAAGUGCUCAAUAGUCAGGAGAUCUUUGGUGAUGAAUUGGAGAUCUUUGCGAAAAAAGAAUUACAAAAAGAGGUCGUCGUACCUAAGGCGAAAGGAGAAAUACUAGGGGUAGUGAUUGUAGAGAGUGGUUGGGGUUCCAUGUUGCCCACAGUUGUAAUUGCAAAUCUAAUGUCAGCUGGAGCUGCAGCUAGAUGUGGUCAAUUAAAUAUCGGUGACCAACUGAUUGCUAUAAAUGGCAUGAGCUUAGUCGGGCUUCCAUUAUCGACUUGUCAGAGUUAUAUACGCAAUGCAAAGAAUCAGACUGCUGUUAAAUUUACGGUUGUGCCUUGUCCGCCAGUAGUCGAGGUUAAGAUUAAACGACCGAAUACCAAAUAUCAAUUAGGAUUUAGUGUUCAAAAUGGAGUGAUUUGUAGUCUUUUACGCGGUGGAAUUGCUGAGCGCGGGGGUGUGAGAGUGGGUCAUAGAAUAAUUGAAAUAAAUAAUCAAAGUGUUGUGGCUGUUCCUCAUGAAAAAAUUGUUAAUUUAUUAGCAACAUCUGUUGGCGAGAUUUUAAUGAAAACAAUGCCGACUUCAAUGUUUAGACUCCUGACAGGUCAGGAAAAUCCAAUUUUCAUCUAACUAUUUUCAACUUUCCAAUAAAUAUAAAAGUUAUAAAAAAGAAAUCUAACUUAUUGCUAUCUUAGUCUAUAAGAAUUUUGAGGGUUGUUUGCAAAAAGUUUUAGGUCGUCUUAUCAACAAAGAGCUAUAAUGAAAAUUAUAUAAAAUGCAUUCUUCUUAAGUUGACCAAUGUGAAAUUGCUUUUAGCACGAUACAGAUAGAGCUCUAUUGGAAAGAAGAAUUAAUGGUUCUUUGUUUUAGCACAGCCUAACAUUUUUCAAGCAAUCCUCUUACCUAAACAAAAACAAAACAAAAAACAAAUCCUAACGAAUAUUUGAAACCAAAAAUACAAAGAAAAUACCCACACGCACUUAUUUGCUAUUUGCGGCAACGAUUAUAAUCAUGAAAAAAAAAUAUUUAAAGAAAAUAAAUAAAUUAAAAUUUAAAUAAAAGAAAAGAAAACACGAACAACAACAAUUCUAAAUCACUCUUAAAGAUUUCUCCUGUGAACACUAAACAAUCAUUUUUGUUGUUGUAAAUUUUCAUUAUAAAAAAUUGCAAGAACAAUAUAUUAACAAAAAAAAUAUCGAAUUUAAGUUGUUUGCGCGAAGAAGUAUUGUUUUAAUUUUGUUAAUCACUGUAUGAGCUUUUUUUACAUUUCAUAAUUUUCUUCUUUUGUUUU